AUGGCCGCGUCCGUGGCCGUCUGCGCUCGAACUUGCCUGGUUCUUGUGCAGAGCUCCGGCUGCCGAGCUUUCUUGCCUGUAGCUGCUGGUGAGCUCUGUAUUGGCCGCGCUGUCGGGGCCGGCACCAGUCUUAGCGAGUUCGGUUAUAUUGUGUUCAACCCCGCCACACAGCAGUGGUCGGCCUUGCCCAGCGACCGUACUCCGGCGGAUAGGCAUAUUCAAUGGAACCAUACCUGUUUGGUCUUCGACCCAGCCGUCUCCCCCCACUUCCGUUUGGUUAUCCUCAGAAACUACAGGGAGGAGGGGAGCCUGGCAACAGUGCACUCCUACUCCUCAGAAACUAGGCUGUGGAGGCACACCCAGAUUGACUGGGCUGACAAAGUUAAGCAGCUAGGAUAUUGGAAUUUGUGGCAUCCUCAGAUCAGGGGCACUCCUGCUUAUGCUGCCCUGUUGAACAGCAUGCUGUAUCUGCUCUUGACUGAUAAUCAGAUCGCUGAGGUGGAUUUGGAAGGGAAGACAAAAAGGGUCAUCCCAGCUCCGUCUUCGUUUCCUCCUUAUGUUCCUUGCUUCUUGGACUUCUUAUCGGUCGCACAUCAUGAAGAGAAACUAGGGGUGAGCCAGCGAGAUAAGCGUGAAGGACGUCGCCAGGGCAGGUGA